AUGCUGGUGAGCUUCACCAUGGAGAUGAUGAACAAGACCGCGUCGAAGGAGCCGAAGCCCCGGGCCUCCCACCUGCACUUCUUGCCCGCCCCAGGCGUGCUGGACGGCCUUUACGCCGGGGCGCGCAUGGUUCCUCCAGGACACCCGGCGGCCCCCUUCCCCCCCGAAGCGGCUCGGCCGGCCUGGGGCCCCGGGCCGCAGCAGUCGGGCGGUGGUGGCAACAAGACUAAGGCGUGCGGCGACUUCAAGACCGGGAAAUGCAACCGAGGGAGCGCUUGCAAGUUCUCGCACGACCCUGCAGUGAUUGAAGGCGAGAAACUGAAGGAGCAGGUGCGCAGAGAAGUGGACACCUUCGUCAAAGCCAACGGCCUGAACGCGGACGCCGCCGCCGCGCUCCGGGCGGAGGCCCCGGAGGUGCAGGCCCACGUGCUGUCGCGCGGCAACCUCGCGAGCACGAGGAAUACCGGCUCGGCGCUGGCCAGGCGAAUCAGAGAAGCCAAAGCGACGCCAGCGUGGGGGCCGCCGCCGAUGGGGCACCCAGGAGCGCCGCUGGGCGUGCCACCCCCAGGGGCGCCGCCGCCGCAGGGGGCGCCAGGGUACCCCCCGCCAGGCGGCUACGGCUAUGGCCCCCCGCCCAGCGACUACGGCUACGGCCCCCCGCCGGGCGGCCAUGGCCCCCCGCCCAGCGACUACGGCUAUGGCCCUCCGCCUGGCGGCUACGGCUACGGCUACGCCCCCCCGCCGCCCUGCGGCCACGCCCCCCCGCCAGGCGACUUCGGCGGCUGCGCCCCGCCGCCGGGCGACCACGGGUACCGCCCGCCCGCGGGCUACAGCCCGGCACCCCACGGCUACGCCCCGCCCGGCCUGCCGCCCUUCGCGCCGCCGCCCGGCUACCACCACGCCGCGCCGCCUCCUGGCGCGCCGCCCGGCUUCCCGCCAGAGCCUCCGGGGGCCCCAGGGGCGGCGACGGCGCCGCCGCCAGCGCCGUCCGAGCCCCCGCCGGGCAACCACGCGCCGGCGGGCGCCCCGCCCCCGCAGAAGCGGGCGCGCGCGGCGCCGCGGCCCAGCGCUGCCCCGCACCUCGAGGGCAGGCCCCCCUCCCCUCCCCGGCCACCCAAGCCGCCGCUGCCGCCAGGACCGCCCCCCGGCUUCGAGCAGCGGUGA